AACCCCUUUUCAUCCUCCCUCUUUUUUAUUUUUUUAUUUAUUUAUUUUUUCCCACUUUCUUCAUCUCUUUUCUAUAUAAAUAUAUAUAUAUAUAUAUACAACAUCUAUCCCAAAUAUCGUCUUCUCCUCUCUUUUUCUCUUUAUGCAACACAACACUACUAAAGACCGACAUUCUUCUAGCGCUUUCCCUUCUUCGUCAAGAGAUUUAGAUGUAGUUUUAGAAGAAACAGAUUCUAAUGAGGGAUACAGCUAUCUUGACAGUAUAUUAGAUAAUAAUUAUUUACCACAAAAGUCAUCUUCUUAUUUAAGCGGUAAUCAGCAAGUACGUCGUUCUCGAGCUGGUACUAUGCCAUCUUUAGCCUACAUGGAACAACCGACCAUUAUACCACAAACUGCUUUUUUAAAUAACAGACAUCGUUCCGGUUCAUUAACACUUCCAGCACCUGCUAAUUUACAAAUGUCAACCAUGUAUAACACUUGGGGGCAAGAGCCUAUCUCUCCUUCCACUGAACAGCUGUUACAAGGUGAUGAUGAUUUCUCGAUUGCCCGCACGCUAAGAUCUAUUGGAUUGGAUGAAGAAAAUGACGAUAAACCUAGAAUCAAUGCAAGAAGUCGAUCUUAUUCAGUGAAUAACACUGUCAUGUAUCAGCAGCAACCACCAGACUCAAGGUCCCGAAUCAAUAACUCUUUUCAUACUCCUCCUCCAUCCUUAGAUAAUCAACCGUCGGUUGGGAAUCGACCAAGAGCUUCAAGUAUGGGUCGCAUGGAUUAUACACGAUUAACUCCUCCUGGGUUGUCUUCUUUAUGGAAAAUGCAACUCGGUACCCUUCACGAUGAAGAAUAUGAUACCUCGUUAUCUUUAGGAGAUUCUGAACUGUUAGCAAAUAUGAUAUCCAUCGAUAAUAUUUCACUCACUGAGAAUAACAACAACAGAAAUAGCUUCGUACCACCUGUAAUUAAUAACUCAAAUAAUCAACAACAACAGCAAAAUUCGGUCACUUCACGUUCAUUGUGGAUUGGCAAUAUUGAUGCAUCCAUCACAGUGGAUGGUCUGACUCGAUUAUUUUCUACUUAUGGCCCUAUUGAAAGUGUUAGGCUAUUAAUGGAAAAGGAAUGUGCAUUUAUUAAUUUCUAUCACUUGGAAGAUGCCGUACAUGCAAAGGAUGAUGUCUUGAGUAAUCACGGAGGUCGUAUUGGUACCUGUAUUGUGCGUAUUGGAUACGGCAGAGCUGAGACAUUGACUGUUACAACUCCUAUUGAGAUACCCGUUGUCUCACAACCUACCAGAGCUCUUUGGCUGGGAAAUAUGCCUGCCAAUACAACGCAAGCUACUCUAGAACGAGUGUUUUCGUUAUUUGGAGCUAUUGAAUCUAUCCGAGUUUUAUCACACAAGAAUUGUGCAUUUAUCAAUUAUGAUACAGUUGAAAGUGCCUCAGAUGCGCGUGAUGCACUUUUACAGAAUGACACAAGAGUACAGGACCUUUGGGGUGUCAGGAUCGGUUUCGCCAAAGUACCACUCUUAAACAAGGCAACGUCCAAGCAGGCAUUAAACGAUGAGACACACAUUAAUAUGGAAUUGUGGACCAUUAUGAAACAGUUAGGAGCGCCAGAAAAUACAAUUGAACUGGUAAAAUCACUCCAGUCCUCUUCUUAUUUUGAGUCUAUUCCUCCCGUGCCAGAAUAUGGAGUUCAUAGAAGACAUGACGCUGCUAAUUUGAGAGAUAUCAGAAAGAGAUUAGAUGCUACUACCGAUAUUGCCGAGUCUGAUUCCAUUGCGCUCGAUUGUAUGGACGAAUUAGCAGAGAUAUGUAGCGAUUAUAUCGGAAACACAGUUGUACAAAGAUUGUUCGAGAAGUGUUCUGAAGAUAUGAAGACAAUGAUGCUAAAGUCGGUUGCACCACAUUUAGCAGCUAUGGGAGUUCAUAAAAACGGUACAUGGGCAGCACAAAAGAUCAUUGACUCUUUAAAAUUACCUCAUCAAAUUCAAAUUGUAUGUACUCAUAUUCAACCCUUUAUACCACCUUUACUAUUGGAUCAGUUUGGCAACUACGUAGUCCAAUGUUGUUUAAGAAUGCAUGGUGAUACACAGUUCAUCAUGAAUGCCAUUGUAGAAAAAUUUGUACAUAUUGCUCAAGGUAGAUUUGGAGCAAGGGCCAUGCGUGGUAUUUUAGAAGGAACAUUAAUUACUUCUGCACAACAACUCUUUAUUGCUGCAGCCUUAUUACAAAACUCGGUUUCUCUUUCAAUUCAUGCAAACGGAGCUCUAUUAAUUUCUUGGUUUAUAGAAUCUUCUCAAAUCGAGAACCGAUAUUCGCUUUUAGCAGCUCGUCUCGCACCUCAUCUGACCCAAAUUGCUACGCAUAAAUUGGGUACGCAAAUCCUUUUAAAAUUAAUCAACCAAGACUUAGAUCUGAAGGCGAGAGCCUGUCUUUUAGAGGCCUUGGAAAACGGAGACACGAUGCGUGAAAUACUUUCAGAUCAAGCACGUGGGCUGGCAUUUGCCAUCAAGGUGAUAUCGAGCGAAAGUUUGGGCUCCGAUGAGAAAUCAAAGCUGCGUGAAAUCGCUCACCCCAUCUUGACCCAACUUCAAGGCACAGGCUUUAAAAAGGCUCUCGUAGAAUUCGUUGCUGUUGAAGAGCAAGUCGCUAUUACUGCUGUUAUCAAUGAUUAUUUCUAAAAAAAAAAAAAUCCCAUUUACAUAUACAUACACACACACACUUACUCACUCAUUCACUUGACAAAUAAAUUAAAAAAAAAAAAAAAAAAAUGCAUUUAUUAGACUCCCC